AUCAAUUUUUCUGUUAUUUCUUUCCACAUCUCAUCUAUCCCACCACCUGACUUCACAUCACAGCUUUUCUUUCCAUUUUCUUUCUUUCUCUUUCAUUCCACUUUUCUUUUCUUUCCUUUUCCCGGAAUCCCGAAAUUUUCCCAGAAAAAUUCACACCUUGUCCUCUAAGACAGAUCCAAAAUCCACCCAUCCAUAUCCUCUUUCCACACUAUUCACUAUCUUACCCCAAUUUCACUUCAUCGACUCAAAUUUAAAUCAAAUUUUCUCAUCCCCUUUUCGCUAUUUUACCUAUUUUCGAGGAAAAAAAGUUUCUUUUAUUCAACACAUAAUCGAUUUUGCGUGCAAUUCAGGGUUUUGUUGUAGAUUCUACUUCUUGAUCUUAUUUUCAUUCAUCAAAAAUCAAAAUCACUUUUUUCCUCUGUUCUGUUUGUGGGUUUUCAUUUUUGAGGUACUGGGAUUAGUAAAGUCUGAAUUUUUUAGUUAUUCAACACCCUUUUGUAUCUCAAUUUUGGAUCUAAGAUUGUGCUGGAAAUAUAGGAAAUAAUUGUUUUAGCAAUUGAUGGGUGAAGUAGAGUGGUUUUGAAAUUCAGCUUGAAUUAGGAGAUUGGGUUUUGUGAUGAUGGAUCAUGUUAUUGGUGGAAAAUUCAAGCUUGGAAGGAAAAUCGGUGGUGGGUCAUUUGGAGAGCUUUACUUGGGUGUUAAUAUACAAACUGGAGAGGAAGUUGCUCUUAAAUUGGAACCUGCAAAGACCAAACAUCCUCAACUUCACUAUGAGUCAAAAUUGUACAUGCUUCUUCAAGGGGGAACGGGUAUUCCCCAUUUAAAAUGGUUUGGAGUUGAGGGUGACUACAAUGCCAUGGCAAUUGACCUCCUUGGACCAAGUCUGGAAGACUUGUUUAACUAUUGCAAUAGGAAAUUCUCUCUAAAAACAGUUCUGAUGCUUGCAGAUCAGCUACUAAACAGAGUUGAGUACAUGCACUCCCGGGGUUUCCUUCACCGUGAUAUAAAGCCUGACAACUUUUUAAUGGGUUUAGGCCGCAAAGCAAAUCAGGUAUACAUAAUUGAUUAUGGCCUUGCGAAAAAGUUCCGAGAUCUUCACACACACAAGCAUAUACCAUAUAGGGAAAACAAAAACCUCACUGGAACUGCCCGGUAUGCGAGUGUUAAUACUCAUCUAGGAGUUGAACAAAGCAGAAGAGAUGAUCUGGAAUCGCUUGGUUUUGUCCUCAUGUACUUUUUGAGAGGAAGUCUCCCUUGGCAAGGUUUGAAAGCUGGCAAUAAAAAACAAAAAUACGACAAGAUAAGUGAAAAGAAGAUGCUUACUCCUGUAGAGGUUUUGUGCAAGUCACAUCCGUUGGAAUUUACAUCAUACUUCCAUUACUGCCGAUCGUUGCGGUUUGAAGAUAAGCCUGAUUAUUCAUAUCUCAAGAGACUCUUUCGUGACCUAUUCAUCCGAGAAGGCUAUCAGUUUGAUUAUGUGUUCGAUUGGACUAUAUUGAAGUAUCCACAAAUUGGAUCUAGUUCCAGAGCCCGGCCAAGUGGGAAACCAGUCAUAAAUCCAGGACAAUCAGGAGAGAGAGUAGAACGGCCUUCAGGUGGACCAGAGAUUCGGGAUAGAUUCUCGGGUGCAGUUCAGGCAUUUGCAAGAAGGAAUGGAUCUGGCCAUGGUGUGCAUGGUGAUCAUUCCAGGCAUAGAUCUUCAGAUGAGCCAUCUUCUAAAGACGUGCAAGCUGAUUCUGAGAGGCCACGUAGCUCUUCUCGUCAUGGCAGUUCCUCCAAAAGACCUGUCUUAUCAAGCAGCCGUCCAAACUCUUCUGGUGAACCGAGUGAAAGCCGCUCUAGCCGAUUGCUCUUAAGCAGUAGCAGACUAUCUACUACUCAGAGGACUCAACCAGGUCUUGAGUCCAAAUCAUCAUCAUUUAAUAAUCGUGCUUCUGGGGCAAGAGGUGGUCGUGAUGAUACCCUCAGGAGCUUUGAACUCCUGUCACUUGGCACAGGAAAAAGGAAAUGAAGAACUAACUCUGAUCAAGCAGACUUCUUGAGUUAAGCAAGGGUCAUGGUUCUGUUCUGAUACUUUUUCUUUGAAGAUGUCUACCCUUGUUGAUUACUCUGUAUAUUUUCCAUCCAAUGUUGGGUUCAUUCAAGGAAUUUCUUCUCGAAGCUUUGGAAGACUCCUCUUAUAUCUCUUUUGAUGUUCUUCCAUGAAUAUUUCAGCAUGGACCCGUUCAUGAAGAGACAACAUGUUACUUUAGAAAUUUGUUAAUAUAUGGCUGCUUGUAAUAAUUACAUGCUCUAUUUUUUCUGCUGAAGAGAAGGAAAAGAAACUGCAAUUUGCAAAAUUGCUAUGUAAGUUUCUGCACCCUUGUGAUGCAUAUUUUAUACCUGAGUACUAUGUUCUAGUGUACAUUCAUGGAAGGGAAUAGGCGAGUAAGGAUUGGGACAUAAAACACCAACCUUCUCCUUGAACAAA